AUGCGCGCUGGUUCGCAAACAACAUUGCCGUUUUCUGUAGAAAAAGUUCGCUUUCCUUCAUCAAAACGAAAGCUUUCAGAAGCAGAUGACUCAGACAAUUGCAAACUUCCAAAUGCUCCCACACCCCUUCCAGCUCUAAAAAAGAAGGUAGUCCAUCAGGAUAAUCCAAAUUCUUCGGAAUCCUGCCAGCCUAGCGUUUCAACAGAUUAUUCGCCGGCAAAGCAUCCUUUAGAGUCUUUUUUCUCCGCUCUAGACAUUUGCUGGAACUUUCAUAUUUCUAUUAAUACAAAACCAACGUUUCAACUUUUGCAAUCAAAGGUCUCUUCGUCAAUAAAACUAUCGUUUCACCUGUCUCACCUUGCGCAAAUUCUUACCAUAUGGCCGGAAGCAUAUCGACUGAGGCCGUGUAUCUCGCAGUAUCAAGGCCGCCGAGUUGCUACUUAUGAGCUUCAAUCUUCAUCCCAAAAAGCUUUAGAUGCUAAUACGUCUCGGUUACAAGAAUUUCAUCGUCGUCUCGUAAGGUACCUUGAGAUUCAUCCUCAAACUCAAGACAUUCCCGAAACUCAACUUCCUCCUUUGCCUAAAUUAAAUCAGAAUAAUCCUGGAACACCAUCUUUGACUGAAUUGCUUCAUUUGAAAAAGACUGCAUCUCCCACGAAAGAAACCGUGUGUUGCCAGGAGAAAGAAGAAGGUGAAUCUGAUAAACAUAAUAAUUCAACACAAGAUUCAUCUUCUUUUGAAAAACAAGUUGAAUCAUCGGUUACUCCCGUUGCUUCCAAAUCCUCGUUACAGUUAAAAAGCCAUAGUACAAGUAGCGUCGCUACAAAGAAAGAGAACCCAGCACAGUUAUCUCUGCGGCAGUCUUCACUGUUUGAUCGUGUUCGCAAAAAGCAGCAGGUUGCAGAAGCUAAGAAAAUUGAGAUAAGCAAAAAAGACCCCGUCCUACAAAAACUGUCUUCUGAGAAGGUUUCCCUAGUUCGGAUCAUUGACCUUAUUUUUGUUCAGCUUUCGACUUGGCCUUCAAGGCGUUCAUUUUCUAUGACGGAGUUAGUCUCCAGCAUUCAAAAGUCUCUUUCCUGUAAUAUGUCUUUAAACGAAUGUAUUGACAUGGUUCAACUACUUGCUUCUACGCUCCCUUCGUGGUGUUCCAUCCACCAUCUAGGAAAUGUUCAAGUGGUCACCUUUACUAGAAUGGUUCAAGGGAAGCCUUACCUUCGUUCUCAAAUUGUUUCUGAAUUAAACCAGAAAAUCCGUGAAUAA